UCUAUAUAACUUCAUUGAUGGACAAGUUCUACCUACUUUGAGAAAGUGCACGUCUGAGUUGCUUAAGUAGUUGUGCCUUUGGGGGUGUGCUUUCUAAUCUAAUCUCAAGGUCUCUAAUCAAGUUCACAGAGUAAAGAUGGGAGAUGUGUUAACUGAAGAGCAGAUUACUGAGUUUCAAGAAGCUUUUUGUCUGCUUGACAAGGAUGGAGAUGGUCGCAUUACUUUUGAGGAAUUGGCGACUGCAAUCAAGUCCCUAGAAGAGAAUCCGACAGAAGAAGAAUUGCAGAGCAUGAUCAAUGAAGUAGAUGUUAAUGGCAAUGGAACGAUAGAGUUCGGAGAGUUCUUGAAUCUUAUGGCAAGGAAAAUGAAGGAAAGUGAAGCAGAAGAGGAAUUGAAAGAAGCAUUCAAAGUGUUUGACAAGGACCAGGAUGGCUACAUUUCACCUAAUGAGUUGAGGCACGUAAUGAUAAAUCUAGGAGAGAAACUGACAGAUGAAGAGGUUGAGCUGAUGAUCAGAGAGGCUGAUUUGGAUGGAGAUGGCCAAGUUAAUUACGAGGAAUUCGUCAGAAUGAUGCUUGCUAUCUGAUCAAAUCAUGUUAAUUAUUACUUCCACUCACAGUUUCUAGCUUAGCUUGAAAUAAAUUAACAUAUCAAAUCCCAUUUAUAUGGGUCCAUAGUAUCAUUUCUGGCUUGUCCAUCAAUUAAUUUGUAUAUUUUUUUUUACGUUAGAAAUCUUGAAAAGAAGAUAAAUUAAUACAGUGGGAUCUAUUUAUUAA